AGUGUGCACCGGAGGCCCCGGCCUGGGCAAGCGCCCGGGAAGGGUUUGGCGGGGGUUUCGUGGCCAGCACUCGCUACCCCGGGGUCAGAUCCGAGAGAGCCAAGUUACUCCGAGGUAAACGCACUGGGCAGAGAAAUAUGUAAAUCAGGGCUCCCAGCGCCUUGGAGAGUGGCGCAGUUGCGCCCCUUGAACAAGAAGCAACAAGCUCCCGGCGGGUGAGCUGCUGAGGGUGUCGGCGUCGCGGGGGAGGGAGCGGCCGCAGGAAAGGGGGUGGGAGUGGGAACCUCACACCCUCACACCUAGUCCCCAGUGCCGGGCCAGGGGCUCCCCCUCCGCUUGCCGCUUCUCUCCCUUCCCCCUUCCUCCCCCUUCCUCCCCCUCCCUCCUCCUCCCAGCCGGCCUAAGUCCGCGUACUUAAAGCGGCGCGGGCGGGCGAACGCGGGCGGGCGGCCCAGUCGGGCAGUGGCAGAUGCGCCCAGCGGUGGCAGCCACUGGCGGAGCGCAGGUGACCGGCCUGCGGCGCAGCCUAGCCAGGAGGCGCCCAGGGAGAGCAGGCGGGAGAGGGAGGCAGAUCCACCCCCAGCGUGCGCUCCUCUCGGCGCCAGGAGCCGUCCCGGGGCGUGUUGGCGAGAGCUGAUAUAGAUAUAAGGACAUUUCUCUCCAUGGCGUCACGUGACAUAAUUACCACCAGAAUCAAUCAAGAUGAAUUGCACGUCAGCGCCCGGUGGGGAUUUUUGCUUAGUUGAUCCUGGCCCAAGCCUCUUGUGCAAUCGAUGGCUCAGGUUGGCGGCGCGGGGAGCGGCCCAGGGCUUGCCGGCGUGCGCGCCGCGGAGCCAUGAACGACUUUGACGAGUGCGGCCCGAGCGCAGCCAGCAUGUACCUGCCCGGCUGCGCCUACUACGUGGCCCCGUCGGACUUCGCCGGCAAGCCGUCGUUCCUCUCGCAGCCGUCGUCCUGCCAGAUGACUUUCCCCUACUCCUCCAACCUGGCGCCGCACGUCCAGCCCGUGCGCGAGGUGGCCUUCCGCGACUACACACACGUCCACGCCUGCACUCUCCUGUGCCCGCCCAUAUAUCAUCCCCCACGACGCAGGCAGGGCCUUUCAGAGGAGGCAGGGGACGUCCCUAACGGGGCCAGGCCUGGCCCUGGCUCAGUGGCCCCGGCGGGUGGGGGGUGGGUAGCAGGCAGCGGCCUCACUCACUUCUGGUCUCUUUGGCUUGCAGUGGCCCCCCAGAGGUCCCGGAAAAAGCGCUGUCCCUACACCAAGUACCAGAUCCGAGAACUGGAACGGGAGUUUUUCUUUAAUGUAUACAUAAACAAAGAGAAGAGACUCCAACUCUCUCGGAUGCUCAACCUCACUGACCGGCAAGUCAAAAUCUGGUUCCAGAAUCGCAGGAUGAAAGAAAAGAAACUGAACAGAGACCGUCUGCAGUAUUUCACUGGAAACCCCUUAUUUUGAGAGAUCCAGGAAGCGCCCCCUCCCCCGAGCCCCACUCACCCACCCUCCUCCCCACCAGCCUGCCCUCCGCAGGCCCAAUGUCUUUGGGUUUAAUGACGCCUCUUCUCUGUGGAACUUCACGAUUCCUUCUCACGGUCAACUCGGGACCUCCCAGCGACCACUGCAGCCUGCGGACGAGGCCGGGGACUUGGCCGAGCGGAUCCUAAUAAGGGGAAAAUGUGAGAUCUUGAUGACUUCUGGCUGGGGAGCCAUCGUCAGGGGCUAGGUUGAAACUAGUCUUGCCCACCUGGAAGCGGCCGGGCCUCCAUUACAGCAGCAAGGACAAGCAGCAAUGUAGCAUUGCACCGGAUCCAAUUUUCCCCCUUUGCUCAUCCCCACCCCUAUCCCAAGCGCAAGACAGCCAGACCCCAGCGAGACCAAGGAUAGGUGAGUUUUCCCACCCUACUUUGCCUUGGUUUCCUUGUGGAGGGAUUUUCUGUUGUCAUUACCUUUUAGAGGCUCACACGAAUUUUUUUCAAAUGAAAAGAUUAUCCCCAGACAAACCACCUACUAUUUAAUUACAAAAUGCUGAUGGCCGCUGCAUCUGAGAGGCAAGAAAAUGCAAAAAGGUAACUGAGAUAGAAUUCGCAAGCGCACAUGGCCUCCUAUGAAGUCCAAUGUUCCAUUUACAGCCAUGGUUUGGGAAAUUCCCACCAGCUUCUACAGAAUUUGCACCAGAGAGCCCAGAUUGAUCUACUGCUGCCAGGGAAAGGGAGGAGAAGCUUUGGGGGUGUGUGGUGGGGGAACUGACAGAGGAUUCGUUGCCCCAGGUCCUGCCUUCAGUUUCAAAGGGUCUCCAGUAGCUUCAAGGAGUUUCACAAAAUAGGUCCUUUUCAGUAUCCCUGUGUCUAUCCUUAAGAAUCAUCCAUUAAGACUCUCUGAGCCUCAGAGCCUCAUCCAGGGAGUCUGGGACACUCAGUAUUUAAUCAGUUUUUAUCUUCCUCCCCUUUGGGAGGAUCCUUCCCAAAUUCCAAGACAGAAGCCUUUAGGGGUGUCCUUUUCUGGGGAUGGGCGCGAGAGAAAUCUGAAUCAGUGCUGGGCUGUGAACACUGGCAUAUUUUGCCCUAGACUUACAUUGGUUGGGCAAAAAAAAAAAGGAGGGUAAUUU